UGGUCCCAGUCAAUCAUUCAGUCGGCAAAAAUCAUGGCGUCUGCCAGUACGGGGAGCAGGGUGUCCUGCGGGAGAGAUUUGAAUUGUGUGCCGGAGGUUGCCGACACGUUAGCCGCGGUCGCCAAACUUGGGUUUGACUUCCUGUGCAUGCCCCUGUUCCACCCGAGGUUCAAGAGAGAGUUUGAGUUGGAUCCCGCUAAAUCCCGACUUGGUGCCCAGACCCGGUCAGAUCUGCUGCUGUGUGGAAGAGAUUGGAAUACUCUUAUUGUUGGGAAGCUCUCUCCAUGGAUCGAAGCGGAUUCAGAAAUCGAGACAGAGCGCAGGAACUCGGAGGCCGCUCUGGCGCAGGAGCUUAACUUCUCGGCUUACCUGGGUCUGCCUGUCUUCAUGAUUCCUCUGAGGGGCCCUCAUAAUGCCAAUUUAGCCCGCCUGCUACUGAACCACAUCCACACCGGACACCACACCUCAAAUUUCUGGAUACGUGUCCCGCUAAUGGCGUCAGAGGACAUGCGGGAAGAUCUCAUUGAGAAUGAAGCGACCUCUUGCAUCGAUGACACUAGUGUUGAUGAGAAGACCUGGAGCUGGUGGCACUCAUUUAGAACCCUUUGUGAUUACAACAAGAGGAUCUGUCUCGCUAUUGAAGUCGGAGCAGACAUGCCGUCAGAUGCUGUGAUAGAUAAGUGGCUCGGGGAACCUAUCAAAGCAGCCAUACUUCCCACCAGCAUCUUCCUAACUAAUAAGAAGGGCUUCCCUGUUUUGUCAAAAGCCCAUCAGCGAAUAAUCUUCCGUCUUUUCAAGUUGGAGGCCCAGUUCAUCUUCAUGGGCACCAGUCGCCACACUGACAAGGACUUCAGAUCCUACCUGCAGUACCUGGAAUACCUCAACCAGAACCGGCCCGCACCCAAUGCGUAUGAGCUCUUUGCAAAGGGUUACGAAGACUACCUGCAGUCUCCCCUCCAGCCCCUCAUGGACAACCUGGAGUCUCAGACAUAUGAAGUGUUUGAGAAGGAUCCUAUUAAAUACUCACAGUACCAACAAGCUGUAUAUAAAUGUCUACUUGACAGAGUUCCUGAGGAGCAGAAAGACACAAAUGUCCAAGUGUUGAUGGUGUUGGGAGCAGGUAGGGGUCUGGUCAAUGCGUCCCUGCGUGCUGCCAGACAGGCAGACAGGAAGCUGAGGGUGUAUGCUGUAGAGAAAAAUCCCAAUGCUGUAAUCACGCUAGAGAAUUGGCGCUUUGAGGAGUGGGGUGAUCAGGUGACUGUGGUGUCAUGUGACAUGCGGGAUUGGGCAGCACCAGAGAAAGCUGACAUCAUUGUCAGCGAGCUGCUUGGAUCGUUUGGUGACAAUGAACUCUCCCCUGAAUGCUUAGAUGGAGCGCAGCACUUCCUCAAAGAUGACGGAGUCAGCAUCCCCUGUUCCUACACGUCCUUCCUGGCUCCUCUGUCCUCCUCCAAGCUUUACAACGAAGUACGCAGCUGCCGGGAGCGUGACAAGGACCCAGAGUGCCAUUUUGAGACGCCCUACGUAGUGCGUCUCCAUAACUUCCACCAGUUGGCUGAACCCAAACCAUGCUUCACCUUCACACACCCCACAACAGAUAUGAACAAUAACCGGUAUCAGUGCCUCAGAUUCUCAGUUGGUUGUAACUCGGUGCUGCAUGGCUUUGCUGGCUACUUUGAAACCACACUGUACAAAGACGUCACACUCAGUAUAAAACCAGACACACAUUCACCUGGAAUGUUCUCCUGGUUCCCCAUCCUUUUCCCCCUCAAACAACCCAUCUCCAUAACCCGGGACGAUGAUGUUACAGUGAGGUUCUGGCGCUGCAACAAUGGGAAGAAGGUGUGGUAUGAAUGGGCCGUGACCGAGCCCUCCUGCUCCGCCAUCCACAACCCAGCAGGACGCUCCUACACCAUCGGCCUGUGAAGAUGACACAUCAGCACACCCGUCAACAGGCAUACACACACACCUUCCAGUGAGACUCAGUGGCAGUUGAAGUGGGGCGGCCUGGUUUGUUUUUUAUAUACACAGUUAAAACCUGGACUUGAGGUGUGAGCCCUUAGUCAGUCCGGUCUGGGUUUUAAACCUCCAAUGGUAGCACUUUUCAGCCGGCAAUGAAAUUUAAAAGAUUCGGUAAACCAGAUUUUUCAGUCUUAUGUUCUCAGAAUUUGCUGUAGAAGUCUGUUUCAUCAGGCAUGGAUCAUCAUCUCUACACAAAGUGUGUUGUUGCUGUGAGAACGGCUCAUUCAGAUUAGGUCAAACAUCUUGCCACCGGUUUGUCAUGUUUUACGGUUUCUUUCCCCACCCCUCUGAACAGGCAUUGCAGACAUACACACUCAAUCCACCCAGACCUUUGCCUUAUCAAAUACACAUUCCAUACCAAUUCUUACAUAAUGACAAAAGACCCCUUCCCUCAGCACCGAGGGCGAGAAGAGGGUUAUGUAUUCAGGUCACAUACCAUGUUGUUUUGGGGGUGUCUCUUCAUACCUUUGUUAUUUUGUUUCUGUAUGUUUGAACCAUGUUAAUAAAGACAACACUGUAAUGUU